AUGGUAGCUUGGACGCGUUUCAAGUUGCUUCUGGCCAUGGUCACCAUUCUGGUGACCAUGGCUGCUGCUUCGGCUGAAUGCCAUAACAUCGAGACGGUCUUUCUUCAGGACCCCCACACUGGGGAGCAGUACCAGUUUGGUGAGGUCAACAUUUUGCCUCGGGCCUUGUUUGGUCGUGCUGUUCACGCUUCUGAACUGAUCACUGUCACGGUUACCCAUACCACCUGCGGUCCUGAGGAAUCGACCACAACUGUUACCACAGAUAAUCCUUGCACCACUGGCCAUUCGACCACACCUCUCUUCACGGAGUCUACUACUCCAGCCCCGGUUCAGGUCACCACCCCUGUGCCUGGUGUUUCUCAGUUUACUGUGCCUACUACUUUCUCGACCACGGUGCCUGUUACCACUCAGACUGCUGUGCCCAGCGCCCCCGAGGUGUCUUCUCAGCCGACUGCACCGGUUUCCUCCCUGACUCCAGUGCCUGUCAGCACUACUCAGACUCCUGUGCCCAGUGCUACCCAGGUGACCACCAAGUCUUCUGUACCCGGCAUAACCCAGACUUCUGCGCCUGGCACCACUUUGGUGACCUCACAGUCUUCUGUACCCAUAACUGCUCAGACCUCAGUGCCCAGUACUACUGAGGUGCCCACUGGAAGCAGCCCUGGAACCAACACUGGAUCCUCCACUGUUAUUGCCACUGCCACUGAGUCGGUUUCUUCUUCUCGUCCUAAUGCUACCAGUGUGGGCCCUGCUCCUGCCACCACUGCUGAGGACCACACCACUUCCACGGUUUCUGGUACUGUUACUGAGGUGACAACAAGUCCCAAUGCUACCAGCGUGACUCCUGUUCCUGCCACCACUGCUGUGGACCAUGUCACCUCUACGCUUCCUGGAACUGCGUCUGAAAUAACUACUGGGUCCAUUACAUCUUCUCGUCCUACCAAGGUGGUUCCUGUCCCUGGCACUACUGGAAUUGCUUACACAAACUCAACUGUUCCCCAGGCUCCUGGCACUGUGACUGAUGUGACCACUUAUUACACUACGUCUCCUUGCCUCAACUCAACUGAACUGGCUCCUACUCCGGUGACCACUGUUAUCACUAUCACUGUUGAGGUUCCUUGCACUGAGACCACCAAGUGUGUCAGCACCAAGGUUCUUACCACCAGCACCCUGCCGGUCUCGAACACAACCGUUCCGGCUCUCGCUCCACAGGCCAAUACCACCACCGAGAUUCAGUCGACUGUUCCCGUUCCUGUCCCGGUUGCCACUGAAGAGGUCACUGUUACGGUUGAGAUCCCUUGCACCGAGACUACGAAAUGCAUCAGUACCAAGGUGUACACCACCACUCCUACGGAGACUACCACCAUCUCUGUGACUCCAAUCCCGGUUACAGUUCCUGCUCCACAGCCCACCACUGAGGUGGUGACCACUGUCAUCCAGCCGACUGUUCCCGGUGCUCUCCCGCAGGAGACGACCAAGGUUGUGACUACUGUGAUUCAGCCAACUGUUCCUGCUCCAGUUCCACAGGCUCCUACCCACGAGGUGACUACCGAGAUUAAGCCGACUGAGUUGGUCCCACUUCCGCACGCCACCACUGUUGAGGCUACUACUAUUGUCAAGGUUCCUGCUCCUCCUGCCCAGCAGGGUACCACCCAAGAGACUACUCAGACUCAGCCAGUCGCUGUGGCCCCGACCACUUUGGCUACGACCACUGUCCCCAAGCCCGUGGUGACUGAGGCCGAGGGAACCACAACCGGGCCCAAUGUUCCAGUUUUGCCUUCCCAACAGCCUACCCACACCCAGGAGGCUACUGUCCCGCCAUCUCCUCAUGGCACUUCUUCCAGUGGCACUCAUGCCCCCUCUCCUGUUUUCAACGGUGCCAAUGCCGCUGGAAUCAUGAACAGCCGUCUCUUUACCAUGAGCAUUGUGAUUAUGCUCUCUCACAUUUUUCACUUGAUUCUGUGA